AUGCCAGACGGAGACGAUAGCGGAUGGAUAAAAUUCGUGUAUCUGCGUGAUAGUGGUGAAGAUUCCGCCUUCCUUCCCAGACUCAGUAUAGAUGUCAGUAAAGUUGCAAUCACAAAAGAAUCCAAGCUUGAGAGCGGCGAGAUGACGAUGUAUGAGGCAGGCAUUUCAGGGACCGUUGACAUCACACAACCGACCGGCCUUCGCUUCAAGUGGUUGGAGUUGUGGCGCUGCGACUAUGGGUACAACCAGAUGGCCCGAGAUGAAGCAUUUGAAACUGUGACUUGGACGGAAUUAGAACGUCAUGCUAAUGCCCAUGUUUCCUUCUGCUACAAGUACAACAUUGAUCUUCGGAGCCGGACAACAGCCACCCGCCGCGGGAAACACAUGAGUUACACCGACAAACGUCCUGGCAUGUUCAUCCCGUUUGGUGCCACAGCACAUACUGAUGGUGGUGAAUUCGCCCAAGAGGAGCAUGUGCCUUUGCCUUUUACACAGCAUCUCACUCGCAAAUCAGCUUGGCAUCAAAAGGAUAAGAUUAACAUCGCCAUCACACCGACGACCAUCUUCGACCCCGAGACGCACCCGAGACAAGUAGAACAAGACCUCCUGCCAGGAGCGCUCUACAUCGCCAUAUCCAUCCCUCUCCCCAUCUUCCAAGGCCGGGCCACACACAAGUACCCAUCGCAACUCCCCAAGGACGUGCACUACGCCAACUACGAGCUCGGCACCGCCUACGGCGAGUACGGCGAGGAGUUCCACUGGGACCUAUACUGGAACCGCGGGGUCGGGGUCGGGGUCGGGGCCGGGGUCGACGCCCGCCGCGGGGACAUCGGGACGAUGUACCGACUCCGGCAACUGCGGCGCCGACCGGUCGAGUACGAGUACGACAGCGUCCCAGUGCAAGACGUGCGGCGGCUGGCCCAGCUGGUCGGCCUGGUCCGCGUCAUCCACGUGCCGGAACACGUCGCGCCGUACAUGGAGCGGUACCUGGACUGGCUCACGGCGGCGUCGGCGCCGCCCGCCCGGCGGACGUACGUCUGGGCGGCCAUGGCGUAUUGGCGCGCCAGGCGCCACCUGGCGCGCACACAGGGCAUCACGGAUCACACGUUCAACCAGUUCGACGUGGGAAGGUUCACGGCCGAGCUGCUCGGGUUCGCGUACGAGAAUGUGCGGCCGGCCAUGGCGGGGGUGGUGCCGCGGCCGGUGAUGCAGUCUUGGUUGGGGGUCAGCGUGCUGAUGCUCGCCAAUGAUGAUGUGGUCGCCACGCGACGGGCGAGGGACGAGUUGGUCCGGAAGGCGAAGGAGUCGGAUGAUCGGCCGAAGACGUGCUGGUAUGAGUGAUGCUGUGGAUGGUGUUAGCGAUGAUAUGAUGAUACGAUACCUGUUGGUCGGUAAGGCACUGGAUGAGAAGUAUGGUUGGUAAGUAAGGUAUGUUUGAAUCGUCCUGGGAAGCCAGCAACCACGCUGACAUUUAAAGGCUAGAUUGGAAUCGCGAACGAGAUGCAUUGAUGAGACCACUUUCCGGAUGUCAAAGCCACGCGGCCGUAUCUUUAUCGGUCAAGAAUGGCAACCAUCGCAAC